AUGGCGGUAGUGGAUUCAGAGUACCGUUUUAUUCAUAUCAACGUUGGGGCGUACGGAAGAGAAGGGGAUUCUAGUGUGUUUAAAGAAUGCCCUUUUGGUAAGAAAUUAUACUCUGAACAACUUGGUCUCCCAGCUCCUAAGCCUCUGCCCAAUACAGAAGAUAAACCUCAGCCAUUUGUUAUUAUUGGCGAUGAAGCAUUUGGCCUUCAUAAGAAUCUUCUAAGACCUUUUCCCGGGCGUGGACUUGAUCAAAGAAAAAGAGUUUUCAAUUAUAGGCUGUCGAGGGCUAGAAGAUACGUUGAGUGUGCGUUUGGAAUAUUGGCUAACAAGUGGAGAGUUUUUCAUACACCAAUACACGUCGGGCCAGAUUUCAUUGACAAAAUUGUGAAAGCAUGUUGUAUCCUCCACAAUUAUGUUAGAAGCAGAGAUGGGUUUAAUUUUGAACAUACACUUAGCAAUACACUAGAAGAAAUGGAAUUAAGUAGAAGAGGAACUGGUGCACAUUCUCAAGGAAUUGAUGUCCGCAAUGAUUUUGCAAACUAUUUUAUGGAGGCUGGAUCUGUACCAUUCCAGUAUCAAUUUACGUAA